GACACGAGGCUCGUCCCGUGUAGUGCCUGAUGAAGUAGUUUUGUGUUGUAUUUUGCUUAAUUGUCAAUGUUUACAUCCUGAUUUUGUAUCUUAGAUCUACUUUAACUGUUUCUACAAUUCUGAGCAGACAUGUCGUGUUUCGGAGGAGAUAUAAACUUCUGUCCUGAAUGUGGAAAUGUCCUUCCUAUCCCAGGUCUGCAGGACUUCAUUACCUGUCCUCGGUGUGCGUUUAAAGUCCCAGUUCUAGAUCUCACAGGGCAGGUGAUCAGGUCGUCAGUUGUGUUUAACUCGUUAGAGCAAAGCUCGUCUGCAGUCCAGAGUGAUGAGAGCUCAGAGCUGAAAGGACCAGUGGUGGACAGAAGGUGUUCACGCUGUAAUAAAGAAGGGAUGGUUUACCACACGAGACAAAUGAGGUCCGCAGACGAAGGCCAGACGGUGUUUUUCACGUGCAUACACUGCAGAUACAAAGAAAAAGAGGAUUCAUGAUGGGAUUCAUUUCUUCAUUUCUGCUUCUUUUUUUAAACAAAUGAUGAUAUGUAAAUGUAACAGAAUAAACUUAAUAAACCAUA